CACCAUCCCAGAACAGCUCUCCCCAGCCAAGCACUGACAGGACUGUAAUUGUGUGGAGGGUCUCAGAAAGUUGCUAUAGAAGAUGUGUGAAGAAGAGGACAGCACCGCAUUGGUUUGCGACAAUGGCUCAGGACUUUGUAAGGCAGGCUUUGCUGGGGAUGAUGCUCCGAGAGCUGUUUUUCCUUCCAUCGUGGGACGUCCCAGGCAUCAGGGCGUGAUGGUAGGAAUGGGACAGAAAGACAGCUAUGUAGGUGAUGAGGCUCAAAGCAAAAGAGGAAUCCUGACAUUGAAAUAUCCCAUAGAGCAUGGAAUCAUCACCAACUGGGAUGACAUGGAGAAGAUUUGGCAUCAUUCUUUUUACAAUGAGCUGCGAGUUGCCCCUGAAGAACAUCCAACUCUGCUUACAGAAGCCCCAUUGAACCCCAAAGCUAACCGAGAGAAAAUGACACAGAUUAUGUUUGAGACUUUCAAUGUACCAGCCAUGUAUGUCGCUAUUCAGGCUGUUUUGUCCCUCUAUGCCUCUGGCCGUACAACAGGGAUCGUACUUGACUCUGGCGAUGGUGUCACCCACAACGUGCCAAUCUAUGAAGGUUAUGCACUGCCUCAUGCCAUCAUGCGCCUGGACUUGGCUGGCCGUGAUCUGACUGACUACCUCAUGAAAAUCCUAACAGAACGUGGCUACUCAUUUGUUACUACUGCUGAGCGUGAAAUUGUCCGUGACAUCAAAGAGAAGCUCUGCUAUGUUGCCCUGGACUUUGAAAAUGAGAUGGCUACAGCUGCUUCUUCAUCCUCCCUUGAAAAAAGCUAUGAGCUACCUGAUGGCCAGGUGAUCACAAUAGGGAAUGAGCGUUUCCGCUGCCCAGAGACUCUCUUCCAACCCUCUUUCAUUGGCAUGGAGUCUGCUGGCAUUCAUGAAACCACCUAUAACAGCAUCAUGAAGUGUGACAUUGAUAUCAGAAAGGACCUUUAUGCAAACAAUGUACUUUCUGGUGGCACCACAAUGUACCCUGGCAUUGCAGAUCGGAUGCAGAAGGAGAUUACUGCCCUUGCACCCAGCACUAUGAAAAUCAAGAUUAUUGCUCCUCCUGAACGCAAAUACUCUGUUUGGAUUGGGGGAUCUAUCCUUGCUUCCCUUUCCACCUUCCAGCAGAUGUGGAUCAGCAAACAGGAAUACGAUGAGGCCGGGCCAUCCAUCGUACACCGCAAAUGCUUCUAAAUUUCCUUUUCUUCUCUCUGUUCCUCUCUUUGAGCACAUUACUGUGAAUGUAUUCAGGAAUAAUAGCAUUCGUAUAUAUCUUCAUUCCAAAUACUUUCAUUAUGAUGUAUGUUUCCAAUUAGAUGAAUGUGUAAUUUGGGAAGGGAGGGGGAAAGAAUAAAUCUUAAAAUAUUAUCAGAUAAGGUUUUUGCACAAAUAAAAAUUCCCUUUGUCUUCUCUUAUUUUAAGAACUGCAAAUUCUUUCCUUAUGGAAAAAAUAGAGUUCAGCCCAACAGAUAUGAACAGGACAAACUAAUUCUCACUGCAAAGUCAAGGGCUGGUUUACCAGACAUGAAAGCUAAGUAGAAUGUUCACAUUCAAGUGGACUGUGGAAUAUCAUAUACUACAAUGACAAAUGAUGGAGCUCUGUUGUUGGCAUGCCCUCCUCUGAAAAGAAGCUGGUUGUCCACUGCUGUAAACAUGAAGCUGGACUAGAUGGACCCUUAAUCUGAUCCAGGGCUCUUAGGUUUGUUCUUGUGACAACUGUAGGGAUUGAUCCUAAGAAUAGACAAAAAAAUAGUACUGAAUGCUUCCUGUGAAUAAAAAUGCACAAAUGGAUCCCCAAAAGGUAGAUUCCUGGUGCAGAAGAAAGUUCGGUAGGAAGAUUCAGCUUCAUUAGUGCUCUUUGUAACAACUUCUGGUAUAGUUCAUACUGGGGUGGGAGCUAUUAUUUCAGGUUUGGGGUUGAAAGCAGUGCUUUUUGAUAGGACUGAAAGCUAUUUCGGAACAAAAUAUUUACUAUGAGAAAGAUCAUUCAAGUAAGUCUUCAAGAUGUGUAGUUGACAGUACUGCUGUGUGGACUGACUCUUAACAUUUCGAUCGGAAACUCAGAAUGAACUUCGAUACAUUUUUUAUUUGCAGUCUUCUUUCUGAUCCUUUGAUAGUUUUGCUUGUGACCAUUUUGAACAGUUGAUCACUGCAAU